AUGGAAGAUCUUGCAGAUCAGAUUGCACACCUUUGUUUAGAAAAAUAUAAUAAGCUUGGUAAGAAUGGUAAACCAUCAGAGAAGGAGUGGACUGUGCUAUCAGGCAUAGUGUUAAAAAAAAAGGACAGCUCACUCACUUUAGUAGCUCUUGCUACAGGCACAAAAUGCUUAGGAAAAUUAGAUUUAAUAAAUACGAAAGUAUAUGAUGAAGGUUGCAGAUUAAGUGAUUCUCAUGCAGAAAUUCUUGUUAGGCGUGCCUUUUUAAGAUAUUUAUAUGAGCAAAUCAAUUUCUUACUCAGUGACUCUAAAAGUGAUGUUUUUACAAUAGAUGAUCAAAAAAAAAUUAAAAUAAACGAUAAAAUAUCGUUUCAUUUCUUUACGAGUCAAACUCCUUGUGGAGAUUGUUCUAUAUUUUUGAAAGAAGAAUUCUAUAAAGAUGAUGCACCUCCAACAAAAAUGAUAAAAUGUGAUUAUAAUAACAGAGUGGAAACAAUAGAAUCAAAUGCCGAUAAAAAAGAAACACAAAUAAUUAAAGAUAUAUAUAGAACCGGUGCAAAAUGCAUAAAAUCCGAAAAAUGCCAAGAUCCUCAUUUACCCGGAAUAAACUACCACGUGGUUGGACCGCUACGUACUAAACCGGGAAGAGGAAAUCCUACUCUUAGUUUGUCUUGUUCAGACAAAAUAGCAAAAUGGAAUUUACUUGGAAUACAAGGAUCACUUUUAUCAAUAUUGAUACCUCCAAUAAAAAUGGAAACUAUUGUAGUUGGAGGCAAUUCUCCUUUUUCCCUAGAGGCGAUGGAACGUGGAUUAUACAAACGAUUUAACGAAAAAGUACGUAAACUAAAGAUUGUACAAAGUAAACUUUACUUUAAACAACAAAAAAAUUCUGAGAGGAAACAUCCAUGUCCAUCGAGUAUAAUAUGGUGUGCUGUAAGAAAUCGCGAUACUGAAGUAGCGGUUGAGGGUAGAAAACAAGGAGCUACAAAAAAAAAGAAAGGUAGUAAUCUACUUGUAACGAGACGCGCUCUUUUUGAAAUGUUCUUGCAAACUUGUGAUAAAUAUCGACACCCUGAUUGUAAUAUAAGACAUCCUAAAAAGAUUACUUAUUUGGAUUGUAAAAUGUGGUCUAAAAAUUAUCAAAGCUUAUGGAACACUUUAAAAUCAGGAUCUUUUCAUGCUUGGCCUUCUAAACCAAUUCGGUUACAAACAUUUGUGUUGUAGAAUAUUUAAUAUUCUUUAAUAUACAAAUAAGAUUAUAAAUAUGUACAAACAUAUAUAUUUUUAAAAUUGGUACAUAUAAAAAAUAAGUACAAUACUA